AUGACCUCCGCAGCCUCCCUGGAAAACCUGCAGACUGAAGUCAGCUGUCCCAUCUGUUUGGAUUACUUCAAAGACCCAGUGACCAUCGAGUGUGGCCAUAACUUCAAGAACACCCAGCUAGUUUACAUUGUGGAGAGUGCUAAAGAGCUACUACGAGGAAGCAAGAAGAUUCAAAAGAAAGGGAAUCCCUUGUGUGAGAAGCACAGCGAGGUGCUGACCCUCUUCUGUGACACAGAUCUGGAGCUGCUGUGUGCUCAGUGCAUUAUAGCCUCCAAUCACCAGGGUCAUCGCCUGAUGGACAUUGAGCAAGCUGCAAUUCACCACAGGAAGAAGCUCAAAAGCCACGUUGUGUAUCUGUCGAAACAAAUUGAAGAUACUCAGUCUCGAUUUCAAGAGCAAAAGGCCAGGUCACUUCAGUUGUUGAAAAAAGUGGAAAGGAAAAAACAAAAUAAAUUUGAAUUUGAGUAUUUUAAGCAGUUAGUGGUAAGGGAGAAAGAAGCGAUGUUGAAGCAUUUUCACAAGGAAGAAAAACAAGUUAAGGAAAAAAUAACAAAAAACAUAGCCUUAAUUUCAGAACAUGUAUCCACCAUGAAUCAACUGCUAUUUGGCAUAACGGAAAAGAUUAUGCAGACAGACGCGGAGCUAAUGAAAGUUAUUGACAGCAUCUACAGCAGGUAUGAGGAUCUAAAAGAACCAACUCUGUUUUCUCAUGAAAUACAGGAAAAUUUUUGCCAUUUUCCUCCACAACCCAUUGUUCAGCAAACAUUUAUCAGCACAUUUAAGGUUAACUUGAAGCUUGAUCUUGACAGUGCUCACCCCAGUCUCAUCUUAUCUCAAGAUUUAAAGACUCUGAAAUAUGGAAAUGUCACAAGAAACUCAUCGUACAAUCACAAGAGGUCUUUUUCAUACCCGACAGUUCUGAGUUCUCAAGGAUUUGAUGCUGGCAGACAUUUCUGGCAGGUUGAAGUGACAGGCACAGAUCAAUGGGCCCUUGGUGUGUGUGAAGAUUCCUUUGGCCAUGAGGCUAGUCCAUCAGCAAAUGCAGUGUACAGAUACUGGCAAAUGGACCAUUGCAGUG